AUGGGCCGGACGUUGACAUACCCGAAGCGGGCAUCAAAUACCGUGAAUCGAUAUAAGCAUCGUGCUACAUAUGAUUCGGGUGCAAUUCACUCUAUUGUCAACGACUCCAAGGUACUGCAUGUAUCGUUCAAUCCGGGCCCCGAUGACCCAUUCCCAACCAUUCUACCGAUGAUUGGUCAAAUGGGCUCAUUUGACUAUCCGUCAGCAACAAUUGAUGAGACUCUUGAGUGCUAUCUUCAUGGCUACGUUAGUUCGCGGAUUAUGAACCUGGCGCGGAAUUCGGAUGGGGAUGGAGAGGGCCUUCCUAUCUGCAUCGCGACGAGUAGAGUGGACGGGAUAGUUCUAUCUCUCACUCCAAAUUCUCAUAACUACAACUACCGCUCUGCGAUCUUACAUGGAUAUGCUAAACUUGUCACAUCUGAAGAGGAAAAGCUCUGGGCAAUGGAACUGAUCACCAACUCAGUUGUGUCAGAUCGUUGGAAUAAUUCGCGAGUGCCUCCCGACCGAGCAGAAAUGUCGUCAACUGUUAUUCUCAAAGUAAAGAUCAUCGAUGGGAGUGGGAAGAUUCGCGAUGGAGGUGUAUCUGAUGAUCGUAAGGAUACGGAGAAUGGAGAUGUUACUAGUCGUAUCUGGACGGGUGUGGUCCCUGUCUGGGAGACAUAUGGAGAACCAGUUGCAAGUGAUGGAAAUAAAGUGGCUCAGGUUCCGGGGCAUGUCACUUCAUACAUUGCUACAAAGAAUGCUGCAAAUAGAUCAUGUGCUGAGGCUGCUGUUCAUGUCCAGUUGCCACCUGAGGAACAGCAUUGA